AUGGUUACCAAGGUUGGCAUCAACGGUUUCGGCCGUAUCGGUCGUAUUGUCUUCCGCAACGUCAUCGAGCACGAUGAUGCUGAGGUUGUCGCUGUCAACGACCCCUUCAUUGAGACUCACUACGCUGCCUACAUGCUCAAGUAUGACACCCAGCACGGUCAGUUCAAGGGCACCAUCGAGGUCGAGGGUUCCGACCUCAUCGUCAAUGGCAAGCGCGUCAAGUUCUACCAGGAGCGUGACCCCGCCAACAUCAAGUGGUCCGAGACUGGUGCCGCUUACAUUGUCGAGUCCACCGGUGUCUUCACCACCACCGAGAAGGCCUCUGCUCACUUGAAGGGUGGCGCCAAGAAGGUCGUCAUCUCUGCUCCUUCCGCAGAUGCUCCUAUGUUCGUCAUGGGUGUCAACCACACAACCUACAAGAGCUCAGACACCAUCAUCUCCAACGCUUCUUGCACCACCAACUGCUUGGCUCCCCUCGCCAAGAUUGUCAACGACAACUGGGGUCUUGUUGAGGGUCUCAUGACCACCAUUCACUCCUACACUGCUACCCAGAAGACCGUUGAUGGUCCCUCCGCCAAGGACUGGCGUGGUGGUCGUACCGCUGCUCAGAACAUCAUUCCCAGCAGCACUGGUGCCGCCAAGGCUGUCGGAAAGGUCAUUCCUGCCCUUAACGGAAAGCUCACUGGAAUGUCCAUGCGUGUUCCUACCUCCAACGUCUCCGUUGUUGACUUGACCUGCCGCACUGAGAAGCCCGUCAGCUACGACGAGAUCAAGGCCACAGUCAAGAAGUACGCCGAGGGCGAGCUCAAGGGAAUCAUGGGCUACACUGAGGACGACGUUGUCUCCACUGACAUGAACGGCAACAGCAACAGCUCCGUCUUCGAUGCCAAGGCUGGUAUCGCUCUUAACUCCAACUUCAUCAAGCUCGUCAGCUGGUACGACAAUGAGUGGGGUUACUCUCGCCGUGUUGUUGACCUCAUCGUCUACAUCUCCAAGGUCGACGGCAACGCUUAG